AUGUCAACGGCAUUGACGAAGAAACAGCAGAAGCUAGCUGCGUUCAGGAACAAGCAGAAAGCCAAGAAAUCAGGUGCAGGGGCGAAAGAUGUCGAUCAACCUGAUGUACCGGAACAAGAUCUGAUAGAUGAUAAUGAGGACACGGCCGAGGAUGCUGUGGUAGUAUCUCAGUCCAGUGGGAAGGAGAAAGCGAAGAGUAAAGUUGAUGAAGUAGUGGCAGAGGAAGGGGAAGGUGCGCAGGGAUCGGAAGAGCUCAAGACAGCGGAUAAGGGUAAAAAGAAGAAGACCGCUUGGGACGAUGAGGAGAACGGUGAAGAGAAGAAGAAGACGAAAAAAGAUGUCAAGCAGAGGUUCAUCCUCUUUGUUGGUAAUCUCAGUUUCAAAACUACCAAAGAAGAUAUCCAAGAACAUUUUGCACCUACUCUAGGAUCCACUCCCUCAGUCAGAUUACUCACUACGAAAUCCACCCCCCAAAAUCCUAAACCGAAAUCUAGAGGAAUCGCAUUUUUGGAAUUACCCACAUCGGCAGCUAUGCAGUUGGCAUUGAAAUUGCAUCACUCGAAUUUGAAGGGUAGGACGAUCAAUGUGGAGCUGACUGCUGGUGGAGGAGGACAGAGCGAGAGCAGGAAGAGGAAGAUUGAAGAGAGGAAUAAUCGAGUGGGGGUUCAGAGAGAGAGGAAAGCUGAGAAGGAGAAGGAGGAAGCUGGAGAAGGAGUCGAGGGAGAGGAGCAGGGUGAUGGAGGAGAAGAGAAGAAGGAUGGGAAGACUAAGACUAGGGGAGGUAGAAGGGUCAAGUCGAAACCCAAGCCCACCGACGGAUCCGCUCCUCCUGCCAAAAAACCUCGUUCAGAUCCCUCUGACCCCAACGCACCCUUAUCAGGCUGGGCAUCGCGACAAGCAGGCACAGUCUCAGCUGCACCAUCUUUCAACUCUUCUAGACCACCUCGAAGAGACUUUAGCAGUAAUAACCGAAGAGAUCAGAAUGGUGGUGGUGGUGCAGGAGGUAAAUUCCAGAAGAAGAAAUGGACUCCUACAGGUGCUAAUGCCCAACCUGUUGGGUAA